GUGGCCACGGCGCGGCCCGUCCCGCCCUCAGUCCCUCCCGGCCUCAGUCCCUCCCGCCCCUGUGCAAGACAGUCUGUCCCAGCUGUCGCCUCUAUCGCGAUGUGGCGCUGCGCCGGCCUCGCUGGCGACGCGCAGAAGGCUGAGAUCAAAGAGGAAUUUGUUAAAGUUAGAAGAAGGGAUUUGGAAAGGCUGACAACUGAGGUUAUGCAGCUGCGGGAUUUCUUACCCAAAAUAGUGAAUGGAGAUAUCCUGGGGACACUCCAGAAACUGGAUGCUGUUGAAUCAAACCUGGAGAAAAAGGAGGAGGAAGUUCAGCAGCUGAGAAUGGAUUGUGAACACUUCAAAGCCCGUCUGGAAACGGCCCAGGCAGAUUGCAUGAGAGAGAAGAAGGAGAAACUGGACCUGAGGCAGCAGCUGAACGAGGCCAAGCAGCAGCUCCUGCAGCAGGCAGAGUAUUGCACAGAGAUGGGGGCUGCUGUUUGCACCUUGCUGUGGGGGGUGUCCAGCAACGAGGAGGCUGUGAAAACCAUUCUAGGAGGAAGUAAAGCAGGAAAGUUUUUCACAAUCACUGCCCAGACCAUGGAGAGCUUUGUGAAGUCACUAAGUGAAGACAUGAAACAGCAGGAUUUGGAUUCUGAUGAAAAUCAGUUUGUAUUAGCCUUGGCAGGGAUUGUGACAAAUGUGGCCGCGCUGGCGUGUGGCCGUGAGUUCUUGGUUAGCUCAAGUCAUGAAUUACUGGACACGAUGAUGCACCUCCUGGGAGACAUGAAGCCAGGACUCUGUAACAAAUUUAAAGUGCUAAUGCUAAUGUCACUUUACAAUGUGAGCAUCAACUUGAAAGGCUUGAAGUACAUCAGUGAAAGUCCAGGUUUUAUUCCCUUGCUUUGGUGGCUGUUGAAUGGCUUUUUGAAGAGACGGAGAAAUACCUUGACGUUGAGUACAUGGAUUGAAGAGAAAGGAAGAAAAAAUCUAAUGAAGGCUUCUAGUGGAGUAAGAAUGUGAACAGCAAACUGUCCUACUGUCUUUGGAAAAUGUGGAUGAGCUGGCUUCAUGUUCAGUAACAAGAACUCUUAAUAGCUCUUUCUACUGGAGGCUGUACUGAUCACAGGAGAAAACCAAAUGUUUUACACACUUUUUGAAGGUAAUGCAGAUCUCUGUAGUUUUAGCACUUUAUGAAGUGGGCUAUCUUUUUCUUCUGUUUUUUUCUGCCUUUUAAAAACUGUCUAAAAGAUAGGCACCCUUUAAUAAGCAACACUGAUCACUGAAGAAUAUCCUCUGUGUAGGUAUCAGCUAUGCCUCCUUACAUCUUCCCAGCCUGGUGCCAGCAUAAAACACAUGAAUGAUGACUCAGAUUUCUGUCCGUGGAGCAGCUUGUGGCAUCAACAGAGUUCUCUUUUCCUGGAGUGCCAUUUGUUUGCAGAGCAGCUGCUCCCAUCUUGGAGAAAACAGGCAGCUUUAGUUUCCUCCAUCAGCUGCUGUCCCUGUGUUGAUGUCUUGACUGAGAGUUUCACAUAACUUUCAGAUUUAAAGAAGCCCCGUCCUCAGCAGCAGAAAAAGAAGCUUUAUCAUUUUGGGUAGAAAUCCACCUGGGAUUUGUCAGGUUUUUUUUUUUGGUGCUUUCCAUCUAUAGAUGCAAUAAGACUUCCGUCCUGUAAUUCCCAAAGAGGUAGACUGGGACUUUGCCAAGGAUCUUUUGAAGAAUAAGAAGACACAGUCAGCUCACAUAUUAAUAAUAAAGACUAGAUUUUUCAGUUUUGAUCAUGCAGAACAUCUGCCAACAAAUGAGUGCUGGAGAAAAGGAGUCUAGGCUCUUC